AAUACGCAAAGCUGACAAUGCUAAUCCCUCCCCUAAACCUACAUCCUUCUUUCCUUUCAAGAUGCGCGGUCGCCAUAACGGCCACCGUCCCUUCCGCCCCCCUGGCGGCCAUCCUCCAUCUCAACCACCAUUCGAACCUUCAAAUCCAAAUUUCGCUCUCCAAGGCCCCAACGUUCUCCAAUUCCUCCAGGCCCUUAUAACUCCAGUCCAACCAAACUUUGCUCUGCAACAAAGCCCUAACAAUUUCUUCUUCCAAAACUCUAAUGCUUAUUCCCUUCCUCAAAACUCUAUUAUCCCCCAACCACAACCACAACAGGUCAAUAACCCCAGCAGCAGCCAAAGUCAGCUCCACAACCAUAGAGGCCGCGCCGCCUCUUUCCAAGUCCCGAAGGAAGUCCAGGAAAGAGCAAACCAGGCUGUAAACCAGGCGUGGCGUGAGCUUAUUGCUACCGGAAAUAGUGUUACGGCAUGGAAAGUUUCGGAGGCAGCCUUGGUAGCCCUGCAGGCUGACUCAUGGAGCUCGUUUGGAUUGGACAUGCAGGGGAUUCCGUCUCUUCAAAGGCUUAUGGCCAUUGAAGGAAGGGUAAAUGCAUUUAUCCAAUGUUUUGCUGGAGUACGAAGAAUUACUACAUUGUAUGAGUUGGAGCUGGCAAUAUGUGAGAAUGAGGGUGUUAGGACAUAUGAGAAGCUGGAGCUUGGCCCUUUGCUUCGUCAUCCACUUAUCUUGCGUUAUUUUUCAGUUAAAAAUUGUACAGAAGUGUUUAAAAUAACAAGUGAGGACAUAAUUGCUCACAUCCAUGAAUUCAUUGACGGCCACAAAAAGCAAGAAAUUCUUAUUGAUGAAUUUCUGGAGUUUGUUGCUGACAAGCAAGCUGCCACAAGCAAGGAAAAGCUUGGUGUGCGUAUUCGGAGCUUGGCGAUGUAUACUGGUUUUAUCAAGAAGGCUGAGGGAAAGAGAGACUUUGAGGUAAAGAAAUGCCAAAAGGGGCUGAAGCUAAGAAAACAUUGCAAGGGUCUUAAGCUAAAAGAACGAUAUAUGAACAUAUCACAGCAAGUUGAGUCAUUUAUGUCAGUACACAAGGAUUUUUGUGGCAAGCAUAUACGAUUUGAUUCCUCAAGCACAGAGGAGGAAGAUGCCAGUGACAGUGCUCAUGAACAUGAAAGGAAUGACAAUGAUGAAGGCAGUGACUCAGAGUUGCCAUCAGAAGUUAUUAGUAGCUCUGAUCGGGUUAGUAGUUGUCCUUACCCUUCUGCAGCAGAAGAGUUGAUAAGGCUUGGCUUGAAAGAUAGAAUGCCUAAACCUUCUCCUGCUACUGCUAGCUCAAAGCGCAAUGACUGUACAGGGCCAUACAAAAGGAAAAGAAAAAUUGAUAGUCCCAGUCCUUCCAUCUCUAGACCACCUAAGCUAAGCAGAAGAGAUGGACUCAAGCAAGCUACUAUUCCAAAUGAAAAUGGAAAUCAAUCCAAAGACCUUAGUAGUUUAGAUGAAGCUGAUAUUUUGCUCUCUAAUAACUUGAUGAAGACAUUCAUCACAACCUGGAAGGAGGCAUGUAGGGAGCACACAAUGGAAGAGGUUCUACAAAGAAUGCUUUGCUUUUACAGCUCAACAGCUCAGAAGAGGAAGAAAAUGAAGUCAAUGCUUUCUUCUUAUCCAUUUAUUGGAUUACUAAAUGUUGCUGUGACAUCUAUCAAAAAAGGAAUGUGGGAUAGUAUGUAUGAUACUAUUCAAGGAGUCAGAAAAUUGGAAUUGACUACCACAUCUGAUAAUUGUUCUGAAUAUGAGAGCAUCGAUGUUGAACCAAGUGAGAAGGAUGCAUUGAUCCCCACAAGUAUAGAUUGUGUGACAGUGGAAGAUGUUAUCAAGAAAAUUAAUGCUUAUUUUAAGCAUAAUCAAGAAAUUGGUAAAUCACUUAAAGAGCAAAAGUUAGUUUUGCUGAGGAAGCUGUUUAACUGUGAGUCUUGGCUGGCUGAGCAAUUUUAUGUUAAGGACUUUAAGUCCCUUGGUCUUGGAGAGUUCUUCAUGUUUCUAGAAAGACAUGCUUCAUUAUUACCUAUUGAAUUGCAUAAACUCUUGGCUGCUGAAAUAUGUGAAAAGUCUCCUUUAGAGGUUUGCAUUCUCCAGCAUCUGUUGAUUGCUUUCAUAUCACAGGCUUCAUAUAAUUUACAGGACAAUCAAAUUAUUACCAAGGAGGUUAUUAGUAAACUGCUGAUGAAGCAAUGUCCAUUGUUCAAUUUCAAAGUUAAGGAAAAUGGUUCGAUGGAAGAUUUUCUGGAAUUUGUGGAGAAAUCCAAGAAUGAUAUAAGUUCCAAAUGUGUUAUAUUUUCAGCGUCAUUGUUGGGAAUGUGCCAUGAUGGUCAUUCAUUGGCCUAUGAUGAGAACCAUUCAUCAGAAACUUCUGUCCAGAAUCUUAGGAAGGUUAAAUCAGCUGCUUCCAAGGAUGCAAUGGCUGUUUUGCUUAGGGCCCCAAUGCUGUCAGAUCUAUAUUCAUGGUCACACUGGGAUGUUUUAUUUGCUCCUUCUCUUGGUUCUCUUAUAUUGUGGUUGUUUAAUGAAGUCCGUGCAAAAGAGUUAUUGUGCUUGGUGACAAAAGAUGGGAAAGUUGUCCGUAUUGAUCAAUCAGCCACUAUUGAUUCAUUUUUGGAAGCUGCUCUUAAGGGAUCUGCCUUUGAAACAGCUUUGAUGCUGCUGUCUUUGUGUUCUAUAACUGGGGGAAUAAAGCACCUCCCCUUAGCCCUCCUUAAACACCAUGCACAGAUGGCUUUUGAAGUCCUUUUGAAAAACCAAAUGGAGAACAUUGAAGCAGAUGAUUACCAGAAUUCUAUUAUGAAUGGAAAAGCACCAUUUAGGCCAAAAUUUCGGGAAGAUGUUUCUGUUGGCAAUUCGGCUAAUGGAUUACUCAUUAACUUGAUCGAAAUGAAAAAAACUGCAUCUCAUGCUUCAAGGUUUUUCCUUGAUUGUCUAUGUUAUCUACCUUCAGAAUUUCAUGGUUGUGCAGCUGAUAUAUUACUUCAUGGGAUGCGGGCUGUAAUUAAAAAUUGCCCCUCAGCUAUUUUGAGUGCAUGCAACGAACUGAAUCAGCGUGUUAUGCUACAUGAAUUAGGCUUUUCUCUUGGCAUAGUGGAGUGGAUACAGGAUUACCACGUAUUUUGUUCCACUGAUAUGAGUAACUUGUUUCUUUCCUCUGAGGGAUUAGGGAUGAAAACCAGUAUGUCUGAGUUAAAAACAAGGUCAAACUUUUUGCAAAAUGCAAUAGAUAGGCCAUCCUAUGCUGAGAAAGAAAUGAUAGUGUCUGAUCGGACAGACAAGAAAGCUGCAGUUUGUGACACAAUUAGUUGUGAAGAAGUUUCUGCUGAGAGAAUGGGUUAUAAGAACAGAGAACGAUCGUCUGAAGUUGAUGAACAGACAGAUGCGGCCCUGGUUAUUGAAUCGAUCAGGCAAGAUGAGUUUGGUCUGGAUCCAAGUCUUUCAAGUGUGGAGAGUAGCUUGUUGAAGAAGCAACAUGCUCGCUUGGGGAGAGCACUCCAUUGUCUUUCUCAGGAGUUGUACUCUCAGGACUCACAUUUUCUUCUUGAGCUUGUUCAAAAUGCGGAUGACAAUGUCUACUCUGAAAACGAGGAACCAACUCUAGCUUUUAUUGUUCAAGAGUCAGGUAUAAUUGUUUUAAAUAAUGAACAAGGCUUUUCUGCUCAGAACAUCAGAGCACUUUGUGAUGUUGGAAGCUCAACAAAAAAAGGAUGUUCUGGCUACAUAGGGAAGAAAGGCAUUGGUUUCAAAUCUGUUUUUCGGGUUACAGAUGCCCCUGAGAUUCACUCCAAUGGGUUUCAUGUAAAGUUUGAUAUAAGUGAUGGUCAGAUAGGUUUUGUUUUGCCUACUCUAGUACCUCCUUGUAAUGUUGACUCUUUUAAAAUGCUGUUGGGUGGAGACACUAGUCAGCUGGUUAAUAAGUGUUGGAACACUUGCAUUGUACUUCCUUUCAGAUCAGUUACAUCUAAAGGAAAUGAUAUGAACAAUAUUGUCUCCAUGUUUUCGGAUCUCAAUCCUUCUUUGUUACUCUUUCUCCACAGGCUCCAGUGUAUUGUGUUUCGGAACAUGCUCAAUGAUUCAUUUGUUAUUAUGAGAAAAGAAAUUGUGGGAAAUGGUAUUGUAAAGGUUUCAUGUGGGGUGGAAAACAUGACAUGGUUUGUAGCAUCCCAAAAAUUGCAGGCUGAUUUCAUUCAUCGUGAUGUGCAAAUAACAGAAAUUUCAAUAGCAUUUACACUGCUGGAGACUGAUUGUGGAUGUUACAGACCAUUUCUGGACCAACAACCUGUUUUUGCUUUUCUUCCUUUAAGGACAUAUGGCCUGAAAUUUAUUCUUCAAGGUGAUUUUGUUCUUCCUUCAUCUAGAGAAGAAGUUGAUGUAGAUAGUCCGUGGAACCAGUGGUUAUUGUCAGAGUAUCCUAGUUUGUUUGUUUCUGCAGAGAGAUCAUUUUGUUCUCUACCCUGUUUCCGGGAAAAUCCAGGAAAAGCUGUUUCAGUUUACAUGAGCUUUGUUCCACUUGUUGGGGAAGUGCAUGGAUUUUUUUCCUCCCUUCCUCGGAUGAUCAUAUCUAAGUUACGAAUGUCAAAUUGCUUAAUUUUGGAAGGAGACAAAAGCAAAUGGGUACCAUCCUGCAAAGUUCUAAGAGGCUGGACUGAAUCAGCUCGUAAGCUUUUUCCUGAUUCCUUGCUCCAUGAUCACCUUGGUCUUGGUUAUUUGGACAAGGAUAUAAUUUUGUCUGAUGCAUUGGCAAGGGCAUUAGGUAUCCAAGACUAUGGUCCUGAAGUUCUGGUCCAAAUUAUAUCUUCUUUGUGUAAAAGAGGAAAUGGACUUAAACCAAUGGGCCUAGCUUGGAUAUCCUCUUGGCUGAAUGAGUUCUAUGCAAUCUCAUUCCAGUCUUCUGGACAGGCAUCAAUGAAUUGUGAAAUAGAAACUGUUCUCGUAGAAACUCUUAGAAAAACUCCAUUUAUUCCUCUUUCAGAUGGCACCUUUACCUCUGUUGAUGAAGGGACAAUUUGGUUACAUUCUGAUGUUAUAAACACUGUGUUUGAAGGUGAUCUUGGACUUGAAGCUUUUCCUACAUUGUAUGCUAAACUUCGGUUUGUCAGUCCUGCCCUUUUUUCUGAAACAGCUGUCAGUAUCUCAUGCAUAGGAAACAUUACUAGUGUGCUUCAUAAUAUUGGUGUCCAGCAGCUCUCUGCACAUGAAAUAAUUAAGGUACAUAUUUUGCCAGAUAUGUCUGAUGAAAGAGUCAAAACUAGUGACAAAAAUUUGAUGAUAGAUUACCUCUGCUUUGUGAUGAUUCACUUACAAUCUAGCUGCCCCAGUUGUCGUGUUGAGAGGGAUUACAUUAUCUCAGAGUUGCGAAAUAAAGCUUUUAUAUUAACAAAUUAUGGCUUCAAAAGACCAGUUGAUGUAUCAGUACAUUUCAGCAAAGAAUUCGAGAACCCUGUGAACAUAAAUAGGUUGAUUAAUGGUGUGGAUCUGAAAUGGCAUGAGGUUGAUAAGACAUAUCUGAAGCAUCCAGCUUCUAGAUUGCUCUCUUCUGGAUUGAAGAAGUGGAGGGAAUUUUUCCUGGAAAUUGGUGUCACUGAUUUUGUGCAAGUGGUUCAACUUGAUAAAAGUUUUGUGGAUAUGUCUCAUACUGUUCUUCAGAGCUUGUCAUCAGAUUGGGACUUAAUUUCUCAUGGAUCAGUUGUUAAGGAUUGGGAGUCUUAUGAGCUAGUUCAGUUGUUAUCCCUGUUGUCUGGAAGUGGCAAUCGUGAAGGCUGUAAGUACUUGUUGGAGGUUCUUGAUGAAUUUUGGGAUGUUCAUUUUAGUGAAAAAGCUAUUGGUUGCUGCAAUUUCAAAUCUGGCACUGACAUUAAAACCUUCAGAUCUUCUUUUUUGUGCAAGAUUUGUGAGAUCCCAUGGGUGGUUUCUAGCAUGGAUGAUAAGCUUCACUAUCCUAAAGAGUUGUUCCAUGACUGUGAUGCAGUGCAUGCAAUCCUAGGUGCAUGUGCUCCAUAUGCUGUUCCAAAGGUGAGGAAUGGAAAGUUAGUAAAGGAUAUUGGUUUUAGAACUGAAGUUACCAUUGAUGAUGCCCUCAAGAUUCUUAAAUUAUGGAGAUCCAACAGCUCUUUCAAGGCCAGUGUAGCACAAAUGUCCAGAUUAUACACUUUUAUUUGGAGUGAAGUACGUAAUUCAAGGAAGGAAAUUGCUGAGGAGUUCCAUGCAGCGUCUUCUAUAUUUGUUCCAUACAAGUUGGCUUCAAGGCCCGAUGAUGUGGUAUCUGGCUUAUUCUUGUCUUCUAAAGAAGUGUAUUGGCACGAUUCAACUGGAGCCAUGGACGAAACGUAUAAUCAUUCUCAGUCGGGCUCAUCUGAGAACCAAUGCCCCUUAAACAGAACACUGUCCAAUAUUUAUCCAGGUCUCCGUGAUUUUUUUGUUAAUGAAUGCAAAGUGCCUGAGAAACCUUCUUUCUGUAAUUACCUGGAUAUUUUGCUACAGUUAUCAGCAGUUACUUUACCUUCACAAGCUGCUCAUGCCGUCUUCCAAGUCUUUCUGAAGUGGGCUGAUGCACUGAAGUCGGGUUUACUGAGUACUGAAGAUAUCCAUCACAUGAAAGAAUGUCUUAAUAAAUCAGAGUAUACCGUGCUGCCCACUGUCUUAGAUAAGUGGGUUUCCCUGCACCCUUCUUUUGGUUUAGUGUGCUGGUGUGAUGAUGAGAAACUAAAGAAGAGAUUUAAGCAUUUGGAUAAUAUUGAUUUUCUCUACUUUGGCACUCUCAAUGAUAUUGAGAGAGAGUUACUUCAGACUAAAGUGUCUAUUCUAAUCCGCACCUUUGGGAUUCCUGUUCUUUCAGAGGUUGUUACUCGUGAAGCAAUUUACAGCAAACGAGCAGAUGGUAGAUUCAAAGCUUCCCUUGUGAAUUGGGCUCUACCUUUUGCACAACGCUACUUAUACAGUGUUCAUCUUGAUAAAUAUAUUCAACUCAAGCAAUCUGGAUUCAGCAAUAUAAGUGAUUUACAAAUUGUCGUCGUUGAUGAGCUGUACUACAGGAAUGUUAUAAAGAGCUGUGGCAUUGUGUCCAAGAAGAAGUUUCAAUGCACCUGUCUUCUUCAGGAUAAUAUUUUGUACACCACUCCUGAAUCAGAUUCUCAUGCUGUGUAUAUGGAGCUUUCUUGUUUGUUAUUUGAUGGAGCUCCGGAUUUGCACUUGGCAAAUUUCCUUCACAUGGUCACAACUAUGGCAAUAUCUGGUUCUAAUGAAGAACAGACUGAGUUUUUCAUCUUGAACAGCCAAAGGAUGCCAAAACUUCCUAAUGAAGAACCUGUUUGGUCCCUUUCUUCUGUGACUUCUGAAGCUGAGAGUAAUGAAUUUCUUGAAAGUUCUGCCACAACAGAAGAAAAAGAGCAACCCACUUCGAAGUCCAAGAAAAUUUCAGGGAUCUACUCAAACUGGCCACCUGUGGAUUGGAAAACUGCACCUGGUCUCAGUAAGAGACCGGCACCUAUUUCACAACCAAUUAAUGGUUCCAAGCACAUUGAUUCACACACUAGCAGUGAUGGUCCAGUUGCAAUAGACACUGAUAUGUUCAUGGAAGACAAUACAGAAACAACUUCACCAGUUCCAAUUUUGCCAGACUCUGAAAGUUUGGAUCAUCAGUAUGGCAACACUACCAAUCCAACUGGUUCUGGUGUGAGAACUGCAUUUGGCACGGUUGAUUCCGGUGUGAGAAUCGCAUUUGAUCCUGUUGAUUUAGGUCUAGUAUCGGAAAACCCUCAGGUGGUUUCACUUGAAUUUACCAAGAGAAAUCAGCUUAAUACUGGAUUCGUUUCAUCUGAAUUUAGCCAGAGAGAUCAGCUUCUUACUGGCACACCCAAUACAGCUCAAGCUUUGCUAACUGGGAAACUGGGUGAGCUUGCAGCUUUCAAAUACUUUACCGGCACCUCGGGUAAAAAAGUGAAGUGGGUGAAUAAAGAUAAUGAAACCGGAUUACCCUAUGAUCUCGUGGUAGAAGAUGAGAGAGGCAAUAUCGAAUACGUUGAAGUUAAAGCCACCAAAUCUGCAAGGAAAGACUGGUUCAAUAUAUCAACAAGAGAAUGGCAAUUUGCUGCUGAAAAAGGUGAUUCUUUCAGCAUUGCACAUGUAUUCUUAUUAAGCGAGAAGGAUGCUAAGAUUGCAGUAUAUACGAAUCCUAUUAAACUUUGCCAGCUUGGCAAGCUGCAACUGGUUGUUUUGAUGCCAAGGCAGCGGAAGGAUUCAACAAUCGUAUCAUAACUGGCACCAUUUUUAUGCGAUUAUGUGGAUUAAAUUAACAAUAUGAUCUGAAAUUACCUGCGGAACGACCCUUGGUUGGCUACUUUUGAUGCUGGAGAACCUGUUGCUUUAAUGCUGGAAUCACUGUAUUAUCAGCUAGUAUUCAGCUGGAUCGGGAGACAAACUCAAGACCCCUGCUAUGAAAUAAUCCGGCCAAGCUGAGUUGUUACACCAAGGUACAUUUUUGUUUGCUGAGUAGGAUUUUUCAAGAGAAUAUGGUAUCUGAAGUUUAUAAAUACACCAUUUCCAGAAUCUGUAACAUGAUAAUUUAUACGAUAGUUUCAUGUACUUUCUAAGGUUGUACCAUAAAAAAAUUUAAGUGGUGUAUACGUGAGCUUUACAUUCAUGGAAUAGAAAUUCUUUUAUUGUAAACCUAUUCUCUCAUAUAGUUUCCUAUAAGAUGUAUAUAGACUUUAACCUUAAACUCGGAUGUGAGUGUGAGAUAAGAUAUCUGUUUAUCUCGAAUAUAUUUAAUUUUCUUAAAAGCCUUUUCAUGUA